UUUGCCAUUCCGGGCAAGUUUCCUUGUAGACGGAGUGUCAGUACCGGUAACGGCAAGAAGGUCAAGAAAAAAACAUUCGACCAGCGGAAGCGUCUUAUUCAGAACUCCGAGGCUAUGCUGUUAAGGGCUGUAAGAAACCUGGGUAGCCUGCUGCGAAGAUAAUGAAGCGCGUCACAGGAUUCCCUUCCAUUCCAGUAGAGAUGGAUGAGUCAAUGAAUGUGUUGGACCUUGUCUCAAAGUUGAAGCUGGCUGAGCACUCGACUCUGGGCCUGGACGAGGCUGGUGGGGUUGACAAUAAUUGGCCCGAUCCCGGAGGCAUGCCAGAAAACCAAGUCCAACUGAUGGAUUACCCACUGUCCGAUUAUGCUAGGCAGAGGUAUCAGGAGGGAGUUUACAGUGGGCCAGCACAGUGUAUGACCCCUAACAGAAACGGUUAUUCGUUUGCCACGGCACGCAGCUCCCAGUAUCGGGAGUGGACUGUGGAAGGGUUGCCUCCUGAUGCGUCACAGCUGUCAUGUGGCCCUGUAGAAGCCAGGCUCCACCCUGACAACAGCAGCCUCUGGCUCAGGCCUGGCAAAGCAGCGAGUCCUGGGGAUGACACCAAACGCUGUGUGGAGAAGGACGGCCAACCCAGGCAGGGCAGAUCAGAGUGUCUCCCCAGUAAGGACACGGGGUACGAGUCCCAGGAUGUAUUGGAGGCUCCUCUGCCUCUGAGAUCUGACAUUGUCUACAUGAUGGGGCCCCAGGACCCCUACAGCUGCAGACCAGGCUAUGGCCCCCUCGUGGCAGGUCCCAACAUUCAUCCCUUGGACUGCGGGUGCUUUCAGUCUCCACACCGCCUUGAUCUUCGGAGAGGUGUCAUGGACCCUAGAAUGUUUUUACAUAAUCAGCCUUUUGGCCACACCCGCCACCUGUGGAAUCGCCCCGUGAAACAGGCGGAAGUCAGACAGAGGGGAGGGACAGAAACCAGUUUCUCUGGAAGCAAUCCUGGCCAGCAUGCACCCAAAGCUGAAUGUAGUGUUAAUGUCCCACGCCAUGACACCCCACCACAGGAAGUGAUGUUAGAGGCCAAUGUGCUCCCAUCACCAUCUUCUCCAAGGGUCUCUACUGCUCUGGGCACCAGGAAGACCAUCAGCCUGCCAGACGAGUGCCGCAAUAUUUUUGUCACCUAUUCUGUGGAUACUGCGUCUGAAAUAGUUCCUUUUGUGGAAUUUCUGACCAACCAUGGCUUUGUUCCUGCUAUUGACAUAUUUGAUAACCCGAUAAGACGCAUGGACAUCACAAAGUGGAUGGACAGCUACUUAAAAGAUAAAUCAGUGCUGAUCAUCAUAGUCAUCAGUCCUCAGUACAAGCUGGACAUUGAGGGGCCUGGGCAGGAUGAACAUGGCCUGCACACCAAGUACAUCCACUCAAUGAUACAAAAUGAGUUCAUCCAGCAAGGCAGCUUAAACUUCAGAUUCAUCCCUGUGCUCUUCCCAAAUGCAACUAAGAAACAUGUGCCAGGGUGGCUCCUCAACACAAAGAUCUACCGCUGGCCCAGGGACGUGGAGGACCUCCUGCUCAGACUGCUCAGGGAGGAGAGGUACAUCCUGCCCCCCCUGGGCAAGGAACUAACCAUCACCAUCUCUCCCAUGUGACCACCUACCUUGUCGAAGCACCUGGAAACCCUCUCCGCUCAUCCUGUUGCCAUUGUUCCAAAUAGAAACACACUCCCAUGUCGUUUUUUUGUUUGUUUUUUUUAUUCAAAUUUUUCCCCUUUUCUCCCAAUUUGGUAGCCAAUUGUACCCUAUCUAAUCCAACUAGUGUUAGCUGGGGAUACACCGCUUACAACAGAUGGAUCUAGCGAUCCUGAGAACAACACGCCUUCUUGUCUCACAGCCAGCGACUGUAAUUACAAGGCGCACCGGGGGUGCAUGCACAUGGCAAUCCCAACUAGUCCCUGCAAGCCAAUUAUGCCGCUCCAUGAGAGCCGGCCCAACUCAGCUCUUGAUAGGACUGGGAAUCGAACCCCGGUCCUCGGUGUGCAACUGUAAUGAACUGAGGCCUGCAUCAAGGUCCGUUACUUUAGCUGAGCGCCACCGUGGCCCCGCCAUGUCUUGUUUUACAUAAGUAUCAGCAAUGGCUCUAUGGUAUCAACACACCCUUAACAUUUCCAGUUACCAUGGAACCAAUCAAGGCGUUUUGUCCUGGGUUAAACUCUGAAGUUGGUAAAGCAUAAUCUUUGUCAGAUCGGUCUAAUGUGGGAAAAAAAAGUAUUGGCAUCAAAUAAUUAGUUAUCAUUAGCCUCCAGUGGCAGGCUGUGGGAUAGCCACUGGAGAUGUGUUGAAGGCAUUAUCCCUUUUCAGGCUCAAUGAACAAUUAGCAGCAGCUAAAAUCAGCUAACACAUGCACUGGAAAUGGGUGACUGCUUGGAACAUUCAAUUAUGCACAAUGAAUGCUA